AUCUCGCUAUUGCUGACGCGCAAGGUCACCCAGCUUCAAACGCUCUUCUCCCGACGAAGGCCACAGCUCGAACUCACCGAGCUCAUCUUGGAGGCCUUGAAAGUGUAUCAAUACGGAAAGCAAAUUUACCACCACGAGGUUUCCCUUACUUCACUAAGCCCCCUUGAGCUCUCGUUGGAGGUCAAUUUAACAAUACGUUGGCAUUUAGCCUGUCUCCUCCUGGUAGACAUGAUCGAACGAAUUGAACAAGUUAACGGUGAGAUGGUAACGUCAAGGUUCCCUAUCCCGAACAUAAAGAUGAGCAGCGCUUCAGCAAUAUCGGCCAUUGCAAAAGACUCCUUAGCGAACUCCCAAAGAGGCGCAUCAUCAUCUCUCCCCGCGGGCAUUGGCGACGCUUUGCUGAAUGAACCUUGGACGCAAAUCCUAGUGAGUGCAAUG